CCAAAAAAAAAAAAAAAAAAAAAAAAAAAAAAAAAAAAAAAAGAGCUGUGAGCAGAGAGAAAAGAGAAUGGAACAGAUGAGACCAUGAGAGAGAAGGAAGACAUAAGCUUGAUGCCAAAGGGGCAAAUGAGAGCUGGGCUGUUUAUAGGAGGCAGAGCUUCUAUGUAAUGGUAGCAAAUGCCCGUAUUUUCCAAAAGUUGUUAAAUGCCGGGCGGUGGUAGCGCAUGCCUUUAAUCCCAGCACUCGGUAGGCAGAGGCAGGCGGAUCUACAAGAGCUAGUUCCAAGACAGGUCCCAAAGCUACAAAGAAAACCUGUCUCAAAAAAAAAUAAUAAUAAUAAUAAAGUUGUUGGACAGGCAAGAACUGCAGAAAGCAGUUGUGACGACAAAUACCAAAAGCAAUCUUCCCUCUUCUGUACUGCUCUUUGUAUUCUUCCUUCUUCGAAUAUUAAGGUAGAAAUAAAAUGGUUUCCAAAAUAUAAACAUUGAUUUGUUGAUUUUUAAUUUUAAAGUCUUUUAAUGGUUUCAUAUGUGUGUGUUUAUCUAAUGAAUUUUAACCAUCUUGUAUCCCCAUUCCUCUCUUUUACCACCUCCAUCUUGCAACAAAUCCUCCUCUAUUCGUGUUCUAUUUUGUGUAUGACCCGUGAGUUUGGAGUUACUCUUAUGAUCUUGAGGAGGAAGUUAUUUACUGAAGCAUGGGUACCGUUUCAGCGACUGGACCACUGAAGAAAAUGCCCCCACCCACCAACCGCCACCCCCAGCUAACAUUAACUGCCAGUAAUUCCCCCAGGAGAGAGAGGAUCUAGAAUCACCUACAAGACAAACCUCUGGACAAGUUCUCAGUGAAAGUGCAAAGACCUGUUCUGAAUAAGAGUGACAUCAUUCUGGAGGCUGAAAUUCCAGACCAAAGAGGAGCAGGCAAGCAGGGUACCACGUUGGUGAUUCUGCCUCCUGACUAUAAAUGAAGUGAUCUACAUCUACCAAAAAUGAGAAGGAAAAGAAGAAAGGCCUAUAGGAAAUGGAAACUCCUGAAUACUACAGUAUGUACGUCUCAGCCAUCUGGUCAAGCAUGUCAAAAACAUGUAAAAGAUUUUGAAAAGGACAUAAAGGGACACACUUCAGAGGCUGUGUUUCAUCAGACUGGAGCAUUGUGGAAAUCGAAGGCAAAUGGAGACGAGCAUAUAUCUGCUUCUAGAAGUGGGAAACAGAAUUCCUCUUCUCUCCCCAAAGAUAAGAAACAACCUACAUCUGACAGCAAAAUACACAAGAGGAUGGAGAAUGAUGGCCCUCCUCUGGCCAUCUCUCAUCCGCUAGAGGAAGUCUUACCAGUGGCCAUGUUUAAUGACUCUGAAAAAUCAUUAUCGGGCAAAAAUACAACACAGGAUAUUCCAAACACAGUAGAAGCCUUUGAGCCAACAAAAGGCAAAUUUAUUACAGCAGUCAAAUGUGGGGCUUUCAACGUAAAAGUGGAAGCCACAAAAAGCGUUUUCUGUAAAACAGGAGCACAGGUUCCCGUGAAAAAGCGAUGCCCAACAUGUCACCAGCGUUGUUCUGUUCAAGUUCAGAGAGGCUCCAGAUCUUGGGGCCACUUCCCUAAAUACAGUACUGUAUUAGCAGAAGGAUUAAAAUACAAGAUUCCAUCUGCAUGCAAAGGAGAGGUUUCAAGAAGUGAGAUCCCAUCAAUAAACAUAAGCAUUGUAGGUAAAGAAAUAAUGGUUGAAUAUGCAAGUAAAAAAAAGACCAUAUUCAUCAAUGUAUCUCAUCCUAAAAGCAUAGGAGAAUCAGCAAAAUAUAGAAAAAGGUCCUUGAAUCGCACUAAAAAGAAACCUUGUCAGUCUCCUUCACAGUCUGCCGUAAAUCACCCUGAAAACUGGAGGCUUGGAAACCAGAACCAGAGUUCAGACGGUUUGCAUGAUGCUCCCUGGAGUGUGAAUACUGCCCAGAAAGCAAAUUCAGUCAAAACUGUGGUUUCUCCAAGCUCACCUCUCAGGAGAGAGAAAAAGAAACUCAACGUACAGCCUUCUCCCCCAGAUGAUUCUGAAGACAGAGAUUCUGCCACAUCUCAGCAGAAGGUCCUUCAAAUUAUUCUAGACAAUCCCCCAAAGCAACAUUUCUUCGCAGCUGACUCUUGUCUUCCUACCUCAUCUGAAAUCUUAAGGACCACAAGUUUAAAUAAGACGGAGUUAAGUGAAAGGUCUUCUGGGGAUUCUAGGGAUGUGGAUAAAGAGAGGAAAAACAACUCUGAUGUCAGGGAAAAUAUCACCUCAGAUUCCCAAGUACAGCCAUGCACAGAAGAAACAAAUGGUCCCCUAAGUACUAUGGGUGAUGGAAUUCCCAUUCAGGAUGCCUCAGACUCUGAAUUUUGUUCUUUGACUUUUCUGACCAUGCAGCUCUUGGGAGAAGAAGCAGCCAGCAUCAGCUGCAGAGGCAAUAGAACUCGACCAGCAGAAGGUUGUGCUAACUCAAGUUCUAUAUCUUUCCCUGUUAGUGAACAUGUUCUGAACACUUCUCCUUUGCUCAGUUCAUCUCACCGGGUCACCAGACAUUCAGAACUUGUAGAGACUCCUGAGAACACAGUUUCCUUUAGCAAAUACAAUGGGGUUGAGACAGAAGAGGAGAAAGUACAUGGUGAUGUGACUUUCAGAGGCAUUAAUGAGGCUAUGUUACAUAGUGACUCCUCUGCAAACACACAGCUAUUGGAAAUGAAGAGCACACAGAAUCCAAUUGCCAGGCUUGCAUCCUGCAGCAGCCUAACUUCGAAGAGCCAGUGUCGUGAAAAUACACACAGCUCUGUGGAAUUGGAUCAAACAGAGAGCCGUGCAAAUCAUGUAGAGACGACAGCUCUCAGCAGAACCGAAGUGCCAGCCAGGGCCUCCAUAACUGGUGAGUUAGAGCAGAAAGUCAGUACUCAAAAUUGCAGCGAAGUCCCAGUUGAUUCUAACUACCCUGUGGCUAUAAGAGACCCUAGCGAGCCAGCAGAGUAUCUGGAAAAUGGUGAAGAUGACAACUAUCAGGCCCCAACAGUGGUAAAGAGUACAUGCUGCAGGGAUUUUGAAGACCUAACUGGUGAGAAUCAGAAUGAAAUCUGUUCUCAAAUGGACUUGCCACCAGACUCCAUUGAGUCUGUCUGUACAGGACAUGCUACAGAAAAGCUGUUUCUUAUUGAUAAGACACUAAGCAGUGAGACAGCUCCAAACAGUAAUGGAGGUGACAAAAGUCUUGGACUGAAUGACUUCCAACAGGAACCAGCAGAGUGCCAAAGGACUGCAUCAAGAGGAAACCCUGAAGAAAGUGAGAACAAAGGUGACCCCACAGAAGCUUCCUCUCUCCCUGUGGAGGUAUUGCUGUUGUCACAGAAGGCUCUAAAAGACCAGAAUUUGGAAAACAAUAACCCCCGAAAGCUAUCACAAGAAUUGGUUCUAAGAGGUGAAAGAGCCAGUGACGGUUCCCAGGAAGAAGCAAUAGACCAGUGGGCCAGGAGGAGGCAGCAGUUCAAGGAUGGCAAGAGAUGCAGCUCGGUCGGGGGUAGUUCUGUCUUCAGCAACUUCACAGAAGGCUCCAUUACCUCAGAUGAUGCUCCUUCUGUGGAUUUUGGCUUUCGAGUUGAUAUCGAAGAGAAGGGAUUCUACACAGAGAACUUUCAUUCAACAGCAUGGGUUUUCCGGGGUGAUGACGGGAAGCCUGAAGACAGCCCCAGGUGUCUUAGUAAAAAGCCGAGACCAGUAGCUGUUCGAGAGCGAACUGUGAGACUAUUCAAAGGAACCGGAGAUUACCCCUGGGGAUUCCGAAUUCAGUUCUCCAAACCAAUCGUGGUAACUGAAGUGGAUACCAACAGUGCUGCCGAGGAAGCGGGACUCCAGAUUGGAGACGUGGUGCUGUCUGUCAAUGGCACUGAGGUCACCAGUGCUGAACACGCAGAAGCUGUGCACCUUGCAAAGAAAGGUCCAGACAUCUUGACGCUGGUGGUGGGAUCCGACAUAAGCCGCUGUCCCAAUACUCCGUGGCCCACCUGUCGCGGCUACCUGCAUAAGAGGACUCACUCGGGCUUUGUGAAGGGCUGGAGAAAGAGGUGGUUUGUGUUGAAGCAUGACGGCUAUCUCCUCUAUUACAAACACAGAAAGGAUGAAGAGAAGUGGCCACCUCUAGACAUAAUAAAAUUAGAAGGAGCAGAAAUUGACAUUGACAGCAGCUUGGGAAAACCAUUUGUGUUUAACUGUGUACCCCAGUCUGGAAAUAGAGUAUUUUGCUUCUGUGCUACUUCAAACCAAGAGAUGAAAAGGUGGCUUGAGGCAAUGAACAAAGCGGCCCAUCCCAUACGCCAGAGCCACGUCUGGGAAGAUGUUACCCUGCACAACAGUAGCCUCCCACCUCUCGCUAUCAAGCAUCCUGAAUGUCUGGGCCUUCUGCACCAGCUGGAGAGAAGCACAGGGGAGUGGCUCCAGCGCUAUUGCAUUCUGAAGGAUGGCUGCUUGUAUUUCUAUGCUAGCAUUCGCUCUACUCAGGCAUCAGCAGGGGUGUGGAGCCAUCGACUGGAGCACACGUAGUUAUACCACCGAAGACGAUGAUGUCCCUUCUUGGAGCAAGUCUCAGAUGCCA